GUUUCUUGGGUAACAAAAAAGGGGUUGGGGGGAUGUGAUGGGAGCCACUUUAUUCUCUGAGGACUGCCAGAGCUCUUGGGAUGGGUUUGGUCUGUGUGACCCAGAACCCAGGUCAGCCAGUGUUGCCAAGGGUGCCUGCAGUGGGUUCACUUCCCCACUGAGACGUGAUGUGAAUUCUUUUUCACCCAUCUUGGUGUCUUUGAAAGCUGGUGAGCAGCAUAAGGGGGAAGACACCACAUGGGGAACAGGAUCACACAGAAUAUUUGGCUGUACCAAUUUGCACUUGAUCCAUUAUUACAGUGAUUGAUCUAAUUGAUAAAGAAUGAUAAAUAGACUGUGGAUAAAAAGAAGCUGUGGCAAACUUUGUAUUGCAAGUUUGUUCUCAAAUUCUGGGGGCUUUGUUUUGAAGAAAAUGUGGUUUACAAGGAAGUGAGCAUGUCCAUUUUGGAUGUGUUAGCAACUGUUCAUGCUACUUGUUCAUUUACUACAAUUGAUAGGUGAGGUGAAUGCAACUGAUGUAGAAAAGAUGAGUCAGCUGAUGGUAAAAGCAAAUAGGUGUUUUCAGUAGUAAUAUAUUUUCAGUGUUUACUCUUUGAUUUGCUGUAGGUUAUUAUAAAUGCAGUGUAUAGCAUACUGUGUAGUCACUGACUGGUAAAAGACUGAGGAAGUUUUAGAUAAGCAUGAUGUUUAGGUUUUUUAGAAGAAAGCCCAGGAUAAAAUAAAUCAUCUACUUAAGAGAAAUCGAAAGGGAGGGUGUAGGUCUGAAUAGGGCUGUUUCACCCAAAUGGAGUAAGCUACACAGACUUUUUGGCUAAUGUGUAUUCUUAAGUGUAUUGCUAACUUAAAGAUCACAUUUAAAUUUUUAGGUCCACGCUUUAGCUUGGGUUUGAUGUGUAAAGCAUUUGAUUUUCUAAUUGAAUGGGACCACUUAAAAUUGUUGUUUUUCUUUUAUUAUUCUUAAGGAUUCCUUGGCAUUAGGCUUUCUGGGCUUUUUUUCUCCAGACUUCCUAAAAUGCUGGUCUUGAGUUUUCUUUUGAAUUCUAGUCCUGCUUUUUGAGAAGGGUUUAAAAUUUUGCUGGUUUAGGAAAGCUAGAACAGUUAAGUGUAACUUUUCCUGCCAGCAACAAGAGCUGCAUUUGCUGAUGUUCUUUAAACUCAUUUUAACCUUCAAACUACUCAACUGUGCAACUUUUUUUAUCCUAUGUUGAAUUCGCUUACCUGAUUUUCCUUAUGCUCUUAAAUAGCUCAAGGACUUUUUCUCAAGCUCAAGAAAUUACUGAGACUGAACUAUACAAGCCACCUCCCUCCAAUCCUGCCCCUCUGCUGUUGACUAAAUACCUUGUUGCUCAGCUGUGGGCCUUCCUCCACAAAGGUGUUACUGCUGGGCUGCACUGAAGGAGCCUUUCUUCUUCUCCAUGUGUGAAAUCACCUUUCUGUAAGUACAGCUGACGUAGUUCUUCAGUUCAAGGAGCCAUAUUCUGGAGUGAAGAUGCCAAGAGCCCUGGAUGCAUGGAGAUAACGAUGUUUGUCUGAAGAGCCAUACCUAAAGCCAAAAUAAACACCAUAUGGUCAGGGAAAGGGGCCAGGAAAAGAUGAGGAAGGCACAGCAGCAGCUGAAGUUGAUAGGACACAAAAUGGACUGAAGGAAUCACAGGGGCCAGGUAACCCCAGGGUACUGUACCACAGGCUGUACUAGCCCAAGUUAUGCCUUUCUGGUACUAUCAGCUGUCCUUGCAGGGCAUGGUGGAACAGGUAGGAUUGCAGAGGGCAACAGACCAGCAUCUGAGUUUAUUGGCUUCUGGAAGAUGACUUAUCUUCACUCAAAUGGCUCUUUCACAUUAAUACUUACAGAAUCCCAGGCAAGUCUCACCAGAGAUUAAGAGAUGCAUCUCCCUGGAUAGACAUUUUUGUUCCUGAUGCUGUUUGUUUAAUGCAUCUGUGAGGAUGACACCCAUCAACAAGUGCUUGUUUAGCCAACUCCAGAACCUCUCUGGUCCAGCCUUCAAAGCUGUCUUUGAGCUCACUGGCCUCAGCACAGCUUUGUGCAGCUGUCUGCUGGCUGUGGGUGCAUCUCCAGCACAAUGCCCGGGGUUUAUCCCGUGUCACCUGGAAGCUACACUGGCUGCUCCGGUAGCACUAGAGGGGGCCCUAGGACAGAAGAGGGAAGGGCGGGGGAGGAAAAAUGGGGGGACCAACCCCCCACCCUAAAUGGGUGUCCAAGAUCUAUCUUGAAACUGCUGAGACUACAGUGCGUUGCUGGUUUUGACCUCAUUCAGCUCUAAGGGCUUUCUGCUACUGUAGCAUAUGUCCUUUGCAUAAUGUAUGUCUGAUUCAAGGCAGAGGGAAUGAGAAUCCUCACAGGCUGUUUACAGGAUUGUGUCCCUGGCCGUGGCAACAAAAGACAAGAGCUCGCUUUGUUACCAUUAAUAUUGACACUUGGCAGGAAAACAGAUCCACUAUAUACUUGCUUUUCACACAAAAUCUGUUUGCCCCAUGACCAUGUUUUUCCUUUUUUUUUACCCUUAGUUCCCCUAUAAGAAGCCCCCUGGGUGUUUCCAUUUUCAUAAUGUGCAGCAUAUUAUACUGGGGUGUCAUGGAUAUCUCUUGACAGUCAGCCUUGUGUGAAAGGGCUCAAAUAAUGCGUUCAGCUUUGUCAGUGUAAAUCCUGAUAAUUCAACCCUGGCUUGUGGCAGUGGUGUGGGGCUUAUGCUGGCAUAACUGAGCCCAAGAGUCGGUGAUAAACAUGCAACUUGUGGAUCUGUGAAGUGUUUUGAGGUCGUUUUGUUAAAGUAAAAUUCUAAUCGGGGGUGAAAAUGAGUAUGAGAAUGAUGGAAGAAACACGUAGUGUUCAAUCUUGGGUAAAAUCUUGUAAGACAGUCUCUGUUAUCUGGAGCAGCCUGGAGGUGAGAUCAGGUCCUGCAGCCAUCUGGCAGCUCAGGAAAGGGAGCAGGGAUAUGGAGCUGACGCCACUCACUGACUCCAGAAUCAGAAAAACCAAAUCACUUCUACCAAGGGGAAAAGUAAAAUCACACUUCUGCCUGCAUGUAAGAUUUAUCUGCGCAAUUAAAUGAUUGUGUCUGUAGCUGGUAGAAAAACAUUCCAUUAUAUAAUCCCAGUGGGAGGAACACUCUGCAAUGUCUCUUUAAGUGCAUUGUCUUACUGAAGGAAACUGCCUAUCUAAAGCCGAGUCAACAUAUAUGGUAAAAAGUAGUUUUUGCUCUCAGAUUAGACACAGAUAUCCCCCUCUCAAGUUUUAUUUCUCAGCCUAUUUUUUUCUCUCCCUUCUCUUUCAGAAACUGUGCAAACAAGGGUGAAUUCCAGUAUAAAUGGAGUAUAAACAAAGUUCGUAUAUGGUAUAAGCAUAUGAGAACCACAUGGGAAUGGUAUUCAUUUAAUUUUAGUUGAGUGAUAUAAUAACUAGAAGUGAAAGGCCACGUAACAAGGCAAAGGUAUUUUAGAAAUAGUGCUUCCUGUGUGAAUGCUGAAUUGUUACAUAUAUCCACACUUAGCCUAAGAACCUGCCUCUAUGUUCACAUUCCUUUCAUUUUGCUUCUCUGAGGUGUCUGACACAUACAGAGGGCUGUUCACAAGGAAUAAUACACAACUGAGUUUUAUUUGCAAUAUGCAUUGCAUGAACUAUGAUCUCAUAUAACAUUGAACACAUACUGUUCAGUAAUAAUUAGUAGAGGAUGUUGUAAGAGCAGAAAAGGUUCAUACUUUAGAAGUGUUCUUUGAUGCUUUGUAAUUUAAGUCGCACCAGAGAUUUAAUUUCCUUAAAUUACACCCUAAUGUGUAUGAAGAGUCACAUUUUCUCUUCUAAAUGCAUGGAUAUAUAUAAAAUGUAACUCUUUCAGUAAGAUUGCAGCGAUAAUUUUCCCCUUAGGAGAUGGCAUUAGAUGCUCAAAGAAUUGCUUAACUUGUUAAUUGAGCCAACAUACUCACCAAGAAACUCACCAUGCUAUGUGGAUGUCAGAAAGCAGUUUGAAUAUAGAAAUUUGUCACUUAGGAAAGUCUUGGCUGGAUGUUAGAUUUCCAUUAGGUUAGAGCGGGUUAGGGAAAAAAAUUAAACUUUAGAAAUUCACAGUGGAAGUUCUGAGCUUAAAACAUCAAUUUGCAAUGCUGUGCCCUCAAGUAAGCAGCACAAGUUCAAGCAAAUAACUUCUGUCAUGGCUCUCCCAAUAGACACCCUGCUGGAAAUGCUUCCUACACUUCAUAAGUAAACAGGCUUUCCUGGGAGCAAAACAUAGAGCCUGAUGUAUUUUCUCCCAGCAAGUAGCAGUGGUACAAGGUGAUUUUUCAGUUUGGCUUUCUUGGAACAUAAUAAUAGCUUGGAAUUGCAUGUUGUGAAGUAUUUCUGCAAAGAGAAGUGCAGAGGAUUCAUAAUGAUAACCUGGUCUAUGAUCCCAUUGCUUUGCAAGCUGAGGAAGCCUUUGGAUUCUGCUAGUGCAGUCAGAACCAGCUGCUGGCAGCCAGGCAGUGCUGUCAGCUCAUGUUUUAGUUUGAUAGGGCAGACGUGGGUCUUUCUGCAGAAGGCAAACAAGCCAAGUGCAUUUACUGGUACAUGCAUGGAUGCUCUGGGAUGCUUUUUACUGUCUCUAACAUGAAUAUUCCAGUGAACUGCACAAGGAUUCUCCUACAAUGGCACAUUUUACCAGGCCUGUACUUUUCCUUGGAAGUUGUUAAUACAGCUGUUUUUCCUCAAUGUAAGAAAGAUGAGAAAGCAGUGCAGGAUUGCUGGAAGGCCUGGGAGUUGUUUUAAUCCCUUGAUGUCUUGCACUGCCUCCCCCUCACCACAGAGAUGUCCCUGUGCAGCUGCCUGGCCUGGGCUGAGCCCCUGAACAUGUGUAUUGGCAGCUGUUGAGAGCCAGACACAAGGGCCUUAACAACUGUGCAUAAUCCAGCUGCUGCUCUGCAGGUGUUAUCCUCCAAACUGGGGAGUUCACUUUUAGAUAAUUGAGAAUUCGAUUAAAUUGUAAGAGAGAGUAAAUAGUCUGUGCUUAAAUGCACUCCUGCUGCAUUUUAUUUUUUAAUAAGAUGAACUUGUUGCAAUGUCAGUGAAACUCGGAAAUGCUCAGGAUGUGAUAAUGUCCAGGCUGGAUGUGUGGUCAUGUUUCAGUUACAACAACUCAGGCACAGACAACAACAGUGUAGCAACUGUCUGUUAUCUGGUACUGUCAACACAUGUGGAAAAGUACCUGGAAAGAAUAUGAAAAUAUGGAAAUGUUAUUUCCAAGUGCAGAGUGUCUGCUGGGGAAGAGGGAGAGAGGAGGAGAGCAAUGUUUCUUCUAAAAGAUGUGCCUGAUUCAACAAGGCACCAAAACUUAAAUAGCUCCUCUUGAUUUCAAUGAAGACAGCAAAGGGCAGCCUCAGGUUGUGGGUCACCCUAGGCUUAUGAUGUGUACAGUUUCUUCAGUGACAUGAAGUAUUUCUACAACUAAAAUUUCCAUGGAAAAUAGAUGCUUUAAAAUAAACAGACUUAACUUCCUUAAUACAUGCAAACUCAAAAGUUCACGGUUAACCACUGAAAAAUGCAAAAGGCCAAGGAAAGGUGGAAAUACCUCUGCUGGUAAAAAAUUCGGCCCUCAUUACUUCUCCCUGAAAUUAUGGUGGCUAUGGCAUAUAGAUGAACUCUGCAGAACAGCUAGUGUAAGCUCUGUUUAAUGGCACCUGUCUUCAUGUGAUUCCUGAGGCGGUGUUUAUUAAGAAUACAAUUUUCUUUAACAGCUUUUCUCCCGCAUCCUCAGUGGCUGAUAUUGCUCCAGCAAGGAAAUCCUGGUGGCUUUCAGAAUAGUAGCAGCAGAACUGGUGAUACAUCUGGAAUGAGAUGGACUAGAAGCUGGCUCAUUCUUCCUGGGUUCUGUAUCUGGGCUUUGUCAAUAUUCACUUUCUGCAUCUAUUUAAUGAUAACACCAUUGAUUUAUUGGUUAAAUUGUAAGUCAAAAGAACUCAGUUUUGCCUCAGAGCUUUCCCACUAGCUGGUGAGCUUUUCAAUUUAUCUUCCAUUUUCUGUCUCCAUCAAAUAGAAACUACUUGUCCAAACUAUCCCCCUCCUCUAAAUGGCCACUGAAUUUGCAGCUAGGACAUUUUUGUCAUAAAUUGUUUAUAAUAUCUUCUAGCCAAUUUUAGGUAAAACAAUGGGUUUUUUCAUCUUGAGUGAUUGAAUAUGAGUAUCUACUAGGAACCACUCCCAUAGUUAAGUUAAAUGAAAGCAACACAAAAAGUUACCUGAGUUUUUGUGAUGGUGAAUAACUCCAAAUAUUCAGAGUUCCCAUGAACAGAGCUUCCCAUGAACAGAGUUCUGGAGAGGACUAAAAAAUGUCUGCUCAUGUAGAUGUAAAACAUGCUCAGUUUUUUUGAGAGCCCUUACCUCUGAAUGCUGAGAAAUUGGCAUAAUGCAGUGUAGCAAAACCAAAUCUCUGUUCUAAUUAAGACUUACUUGGAUUUUUCAGUUUUUCCCAUUCCCUGGCUGAAAUUUCCUGAGUCUUGUAACCAUUUAACAAUAUGUUACUAACCAUCCAUUAUGUCCUGCUUUAUUCUCUUUUAGAUGAAAGAGCCAUGUAAAAAAAAAGCAUUCGCCAGCCCCUGUGACUGCAUUUGAGCGAUAAUGUCAAUGGAAUUAACACAUUGCCAUUGUUGAAUGGUCUCCUGUGGCUAUAUAAACAUCAAGAUUUGUUGGUACUGUCUCACCUAAUGCAAUGCAGAACUGACUAAUGAGGAUGUGGCACAGAAGCAGUUUGGAACUCCUUGGGUCACAAAAUCGUUGAAGAUGGCUGCACUGCAGAAGCCAAAGCUGGUCAGUGGGACAUGCAGCCCCAGCCAUUGCUGCAGAUCCUUCCUCUCUUUGUCCCUUUGGACAUCAAAGGCUCACAAGGGGACAGCCCUGGCGGGAAGCUCCUCCCUGCUCAUUAGCCUCCAUAAAACAGGAACUCACCUUGGCUAGCUGUGCUUGGAGUCCCAUCCUCAUCCCGCUCACUCUUGACACUGGAUCUCGGAAGGAAGGGCUUGUGCUUGCUUCAGGAAAUCAGACCUGCUUUUGAACUGGACUAUUUUGGCUCCCCUUGUAAGAACUCUGGGGCUCCGUUGGUCGUGCAAGCUCCUCGACGUCACAGUACAUGGAAAAAUGCAAGCUUUACCAGACGUGAAAGCGCCGUGUGAGGCCCUUCCUUCCCCCAGCCUGGAGCCCUUCCCACAGAGCUCCAUCGUGGUCACCCUCGAGGACAUGGGGCUCUGGAUGAAGUUUCACCAGAUAGGCACUGAGAUGAUCAUCACCAAAUCUGGCAGACGAAUGUUUCCACAAUGCAAAAUCAAAGUCUCUGGCUUAAUCCCAUAUGCCAAGUACCUCAUGCUGGUAGAUUUUGUGCCAAUGGACAACUUCAGGUACAAGUGGAAUAAAGAUCAGUGGGAAGUUGCUGGAAAAGCAGAGCCCCAGCUCCCUUGUCGCACCUAUGUCCACCCAGAUUCCCCAGCUCCUGGCAGCCACUGGAUGAAAGAACCUGUCUCCUUCCAAAAACUGAAGCUCACUAACAACACUUUGGAUCAACAUGGGCAUAUCAUCCUGCACUCCAUGCACCGUUACAAGCCACGCUUCCACAUUGUGCAGGCAGAUGACCUCUUCAGUGUCCGCUGGAGCAUCUUCCAGGUGUUCAGCUUCCCUGAGACUGUGUUCACCUCUGUCACUGCCUACCAGAACGAGCAGAUUACAAAGCUCAAGAUUGACAACAAUCCAUUUGCUAAAGGUUUCCGUGAACAUGGGAAGAACACUCGAAGGGAAGGACGAGCCAAAUGCCAGAAGCCCAGUCCAGCCAAGAGCCAGAAGAGGAAGUUGCCUGAGGAAAAGGAGCCUGGUGCUGAGGAACGUGAUUUUGAGAAGGAUGAGAAUGUAGAUGUGAAGGAAGAGAGUAACCCCGUGGUGGUCAGCAGUGGAUAUCCCUUCUGGGGCUCGGAGCAGAACAGCAGCCAGGCCUUCCCUCCAGCCUCACCAGUGCCUGCUGACCAGAGGGAGGGUCUGGCUAGAGAGCAGCAAGUGCCAACGCCGUCUUACCAGACAUACCGGUUCCACGAAGCUGGGGACAGCCAGCAGCUUCCCACCCGCGAUGCUGCGACCUUGAACGAUUUCCGGGCAAGGUGCCACGCCUUGGAUCUCACCACAGUGCCCGAGCACGACUCCAAACAGCUCCCAGAGGGCUUCACCAACCUGCCCCCACUGCCCCCACCUCUGCCUCCUCCCCAGGACUACACAGGAGUGGUGAACAUGGCUCUGGACUCUGUGGGGAAAGCCGGGGCCCGGGCGCCCAUGUACAGUCCCUAUGGCACCGAGCAGGGCCUCGGGCAGUGGGUGGUGCCUUCCCACAGCCAGUACAGGGCAAUGAGCUACUCGGCCUUCUCCACGGAGUACAACACACAAGGGACUCCGGGACAUGCCCACAGCACCAUGGCAGAGUGGAGCCAGUACCCUCUGUUCCCCUACGCCUGCUGGUGAAGGGGGAGGACCCUUCCCAGUGAAAAAACUGAAAGAGAAUUGUAAAUGAGAUUGGAUUUUCUCUGGGGUGUUGGACUUUUGAAGCUUUGCCUACACUAGGCAGAGGUAUUGCUGCAAGCAGUAGCGUGGGACACCAUCACUUCCUUAUCUCCUUGCACAACCCUCACCAUAUUUCACAAGCAGUGGUUAAAUUGAUGGCUGCCCCAGCCAUGUCUUGUGGGUCAGGCUCAAUGUGUUCUGUAGUGUUUUUUUUCCCAGCAGGAGUAGGAAACCACAGAUCUGCAAGAACAGUAUUUAAAGAGCUGCUGAACUCACAGUCACAGUGUUGGCACCUCACAUUUGGCAGUUUCCAGCAUCCCUCCCUCCUGGGACUUGGUGAGAGGAGAUAGGGGCUGAGGACUUUCAAUAAGCCAUCCACGUGGCCAAAAAGCUGCAGAAAAUAUUGCAAAGAUGAGCAAAGCAAGCAAUCCUGGUGACCUUUGAGCAGCUUCCUCAGUUAGUAUAGUCAAACUAAAGCUAGAGUCUUGCCUUUCUUCCAGCAGCGGAUGAGAGUAAAAUGCACAGUAAGGCAUGUCUGGAGCACAGCAGUGGGUUGUGCAGGCAGGGAAGAGUUUGUUAUAUGCAGGAGGAGCAGCAGCAAGGCUGUGUGGUGUCUUCCUGUCCCCGUGCCCAUCCCUCCUCUGUCAGCCCUAGAUUCGAGGUCAAUGAAACGCUCUUCAUUCUGUGGAGGUGGAGGGAGGUUGUUCAUGGAAUGUGGGGUCUCCUCUGGGGCUUUCCAAGGUUGUCAGAAGCAAGGCCAUGAACAGCAGUGCUGCUGUGUCACUCCAACCUCUCCCUUUAGAGGGAAAGGAAAUUUUCCGCUGUGAACUUACUCCUUCUCCCGCUUCCCACCACCCCUGGAGAAUAUCAUUUAUAGUUGUGGUUCCUGCGCUGCUCUGUGAGUGUGUGAAGUCAUCUGGCUGCUGUUUGGGAGUCUGUAGGGAUCUGUCCACAUUCAGUUAUCAGAGUGGUUCCACCUCCCUUCUCCCUGGUCCCAUCCUGGGCAGGAGCAGCCUGUGCAGUGCCGUGCAAGCAGGGAUUCUUUUCAUCUUCCUGUUAGAAGGGGGAGGCCUCCCUGUUUACCCAAGUGCAGAUGGCCCUGGCAUUGGGGACUAGGUGAGACAGGCUCUUUGCUUCUCAGGGAGGAUAGACAUGUUCCUAGGUGUUAUUUAGGGAAUGUUUUCUUGUCACACUGAUAGCUGCUGUGUGGCCUGCAGCCAUCAGUAGGCAGUGAGGUGUGUCAUUUAGCCUGUGUGCCAGAUGGUUUUCUCUGUGUGCACACACGUGUGUGUGUGUGGCAAGAUACUGUCUCUGAGCAGACCUGGGCAGGCUUGUGCCCAGUGCCUCAGGACCCCUGUGCAGGGACACUGGGAAAGGCUGUGCACGGGCUUUUGGGGCACUAGCUCAGCACUGUGCAUGUGCAUAGCAUAGGGAUGUUGAGCUGUGUUGUUAUUGUUAAAAUUACUGUGAAAAGUAGUCCUGUAAAUUAUGGACUCAACUACAAUGACUGUUGCCUUAUUUAAACUGUAUAUUGCUAACUGCUUUUAUACCACAAUUAUGAUAUGUACAGAGCAGCUGAGUACUUCUCCUGGGCUUCCCAGGAUUUGAGGAUGUGCAGCAUUGAAAUAAAGGUCAGACUUUGCCACGGUACAUGUACAUAAUGCCCUGUGAGCCUCCCCUCUGAUGGCAUCCUGGCCAGUAGUGAUUUGUACCUGCUGUGCAUGACACACAUGUGGAUGUGAGCGACUCACUUAAAAGGAAAUCUGGCUGGGAAAAAAAUGUGGAGCAGGUUUUUUUCUAAUGCCAGAAUGUCGUGGUUUCCUGCUGUCCAAAUGCCAGCUGUGUGAAGGCAGGUCAGCUGUAAAAGGCUGUCUCUGGCCAUUAGUAGUUAAUUUUGCCACCACUGUCUUUCACAUCUUGGAAAUGAGAUGAGCAGAAUGGCUGGGGAGGUGAGUGAGUGAGUGCCUUGAGCCUCAUGUGCAGGGACCCGAGGGGGGUACUUUGUGCACGACACAGAAUCGCUGCCAGCAGCAUGCCUGUAAAAGAGAGAAUACAUCCCCCACUGGCUACCUGGUUAGCUCUUUCUUUGUCUUUGUAGCUGGGAUGUGUUUCCCUGUCACAGAGUGCUAAUAAGGAUGAAAUGUUGCGGUGAGUAUGAGUAACUGAGGGGAACUGGGCAGCACUGGGAACUCCUGUGAAAAUACGAGUGCAAUGCUGUUUCUUUCAAACCUUCGCAGUAGCAGUGCAGGUGCUGCUGCCCCCUGGGCCUAUGGCUGGAGGUGGUUUGGCAGACGACUCUGCACUGGGGUAGAAGACUCAGCUUUGGGCCUAGGACGAGCCAUCAAUUACUCAUCAGCCUUCUGUUGCAACAGGACUGCUUGCCGCUCUUCAGUGAAUCAUCCAGCUUGCUAGAGAAGUACCUAUCCUUUCUCUCUCCCUGCCUCUGAUUAGAGACUGCGCUUGGCUGGUUUGGGAGGCCUUUGGAGAUUUUGCCUGUAGGUGUGCUCUGGACUCUGCUCCCGCCCCCUCCCUUUGCAGUUCCCACUGGCUUGUUUUCUUCAGCUGUGGCAUUUAAAGUCUGUAUGAGCUCGACUGAAAUGCUGUUUUUGCACUCAUGUGAGAUAAUGUAAUGCCUCUGACAGCUUCAAUAAAAGGAAAUGAGACAUGCGGAAGUCAGGCCAUUAAGACUAAUAAAAUAAACUCGAAAAUGUA